CACAGCAAAAUAAAAUUAUAUAAUAAUUUUUAAAUUAAAAUCUAACCAAUUAACUUAUCUAAUAUCUUUUAAAUUUUAAGUGGUCUUCUAUAUAAUAUCUCAAAAACACUUUUUCAAACACCGCAAAGCUUUGAAAAGUAAUUCUUAGUCUUGUUUAGACCCGACCUUUAGACACUAAAAUGGUAAACAGUAGGCAAUGAAAUUUGCAAGUGAUUUUGACUGUAUUUAGCAGAAGUUUCAUAAUAUUAAAUAGGUGUUAAAUCUAUGUAAUAAAAUGUAUCCUAGAUGUGGGAGUAGUGGUUCUAUUCAAAACAUUCACCAAACACCUUCAUCAUCUAAUCAUAACUCUGAAGAUGAAGAUGACAGUGGGGACAACAAGGCUUCUGCAAUUAGUUUUAAAGAAAGACGAAGGGAAGCACACACACAGGCGGAACAGAAAAGAAGAGAUGCUAUUAAAAAGGGUUAUGAUUCAUUACAAGAGUUAGUUCCUACUUGUCAACAAACAGAUGCCUCUGGAUAUAAACCAAGCAAAGCAGCUGUCCUUCAAAAAUCAAUAGACUAUAUACAAUACUUGUUACAACAACGUCGCCGACAGGAAGAAGAACGGAAAGCUCUUCACAAAGAUGUCAUAGCUCUGCGUAUAAUGCAGGCUAAUUAUGAACAGAUUGUGAAAGCACAGCACUCUGUACCUGGCCUUAAUGAGCAGAGGCUUACUGAUCAGGACAAGUUCCAAGUGUUUCAGGGUAUAAUGGAUAAGUUAUUUGAUUCCUUCGAGUCCGUACCCACGAAUAACUUCGCAGAGUUCUCAGGAGGUGUAUUUAACUGGCUUGAGGAGUAUUGUAAGCCGCAGUCGCUGAGAACCAUGGUGCACGAUGUCUUAAGAGAGCAAAACUACACUCCUUGAUAUAUUUUGAAAAAUAUACAAAGUACUUACAAUUAGAUGCCAUUAUAGCCAAACAUUUAUCUUCGCAAUUAACGACUAGUGAAUUUGAAGUCUCUUAGUUUAAAAAAAUAUAUUUUAGUGUACUAUCGCCAUAAAGCAGCAAGGUUGAUAAGUUCUGUCAAUUUUAGAUGCAUAAGAUUUGAAUAAUUAUUCAAACAAAAUUGUCAUUCAUGCAGGUUUAGUCAUAAAGGGUAUACUAAAAAACCAGUGAUAGUGAUAGUAUUCAUAAAAAUGAUUUCCCAAAGAAGCAAAUUUUUUCAAAAUUAUAUUUGAUACUCAUACAAAAGUGACUUGACCGUCACGUCA